CUUAGAAAACAAACAGAUCAGUUGAUUGAGAAGCAAAUUUCCGGAGGCGAUUAUUACUUUUCUCUCUUUAGUUUUGGUGGUGGAAGGAGACUAAUUAUGGCUGAGACACUUUUGUCGUUUGGAGUUGAGAAGCUUUGGGACCUCCUUGUCCGAGAAUCUGAGCGAUUUCAAGGAGUUAAAGAGCAAUUUAAUAGAUUAAAAAGUGAUUUGAAUAUGUUAAGGUGCUUUUUGGAAGAUGCAGAUGCCAAGAAACAUACAAGUGCAAUGGUGAGGAACACUGUCAAAGAGAUAAAGGAAAUUGUUUAUGACGCUGAAGAUAUAAUCGAAACCUUUCUUCUAAAGCAAGAAUUGGGAAAAACAAAUGGCAUGAUCAGGAACAGUGUGAGAAGGUUUUCUAAACGCAUGGGGCUUGCUUUCGAUAUUAGAGCAAUAAGCGAGAGGAUCUCUAAGGUGAUUCGGGAUAUGCAGAGUCUUGGCGUACAACAGGUCAUUGUCAAUGAAAGGGAUACAAAAUCUCUACAGGAAAGACAAAGGGAAAUGCGACAAACGUUUUCUAGCGAUGAUGAAGAUCAUCUUGUGGGGCUGGAGAAGAGUGUUGAGCAAUUGAUUGGCUACUUGGUGGAGGAAGAUAGUAGUCAAGUGGUUUCUAUAACUGGAAUGGGCGGUAUCGGUAAAACAACCCUCGCAAGACAAGUUUUUAAUCAUGAGACAGUAAAAAGUCAUUUUGCAGAACUCGCGUGGGUAUGUGUUUCACAACAACUUUCAAGGAAGUAUGUGUGGCAGUCGAUCUUGCGGAAACUUGGGCCAGAGUAUAAGGUGUUAAAGAUGACAGAAGACGAACUUCAGGAAAAACUUAUUGAAGUGUUGGAAACACAAAACACUUUGAUAGUCCUUGAUGAUAUAUGGAGGGAAGAAGAUUGGGACAUAAUUAAACCAAUGUUUCCACGGAAAAAAGGUUGGAAGGUACUACUUACUUCUCGUAACGAAGGCGUGGGAUUGCGAGCAGAUCCAAAAUGUUUCACCGCUAAACCAAAUUGUCUAGCUCUCGAACAAUGUUGGACAAUUUUCCAAAGGAUAGUGUUUCCUAGAGAAAACUCCACCGAAUAUAAGGUCGAUGAAGAAAUGGAAGAGAUGGGUAAGCAGAUGAUCAAACAUUGUGGAGGUCUACCGUUGGCUGUAAAAGUGUUAGGAGGGUUGUUAUCUGCGCAAUACACAUUUCAUGAGUGGAAAAGGGUAUAUGAGAAUAUUAAAUCGCACAUUGUUGGAGGAACUAGCUUCGACGACAGAAAUAUUAGUUCGGUUUAUCAUAUAUUGUCUCUGAGCUUUGAAGAGCUGCCUAUUUAUUUGAAGCAAUGCUUCCUCUACCUUGCCCAUUUUCCCGAAGAUUUCCAAAUAGAUGUUGGGAAGCUGUCCUAUUACUGGGCUGCAGAAGGAAUACCAAAGCCGAGGUAUUAUGAUGGAGCGACCAUUGGAGAGGUCGCAGAUGGAUACUUAGCAGAAUUGGUCAAGAGAAACAUGGUAAUUUCUGAAAGAGACGUUAGUACUUCAAGAUUUGAAACAUGUCAGUUGCAUGACAUGAUGAGAGAAGUUUGUCUACAUAAAGCAGAGGAAGAGAAUUUCGUACAAAUUGUUGAUGCAAGAAGCUCAACUUCAAUAUCUCAAUCUCCUUGUAAAUCUCGCAGACUCGUCAUACAAUCGUCUUGUGAUACAAUUGAUAUGAAUCAAAAGCUUAGAUCUCUCUUGCAGCUCCAUUGGAUGGAAACAAAGCUAUGUUUCACAAGGCUACAGUUGAUGAGGGUGUUAGAUCUCUCUGGAGCCGAUUUUAUGGGAUAUAAGUUACCGCCUAACAUUGGAGAGCUCAUUCACUUACGAUACUUGAAUUUAAACCAAGUAAGGGUAACUCAUCUACCUUCUUCUAUCCGGAAUCUGAAGUUGCUCCUUUAUUUGAAUAUAGAUGUAUCGCCUGUAUUUCCAGUUUACAUGUCCAAUGUCUUGAAUGAGUUGCGAGAAUUGAGAUACCUCGCUUUACCGAGUAAAAUAAAAGGUGAGACAAAGUUGGAAUUAGGUAAUCUAAUCAACUUGGAGAGACUUGGUAAUUUCUCAACAAAGCAUAGCAGUGUGGCGGAUCUUCACCAUAUGACAAGGCUAAGGGGUCUCUCAAUCAUAUUUAACGGCGAGGAUUGUACUUUGGAAAUUCUAGCUUCAUCUCUUCGUGGAUUGACACACCUCGAAAAUCUUACUAUUAGGUAAGAUAUAAAGGUGUUUCUAGUGAGAAAUCUUCUUUAGCUAUCAUUUGGCAUGUAUAAUCCAAAGGCUUUGUGUCAGAAAUUGAUUUUAAUACGUCAGUAUUAAGUUUGAGUUUAAAUAUAUGUGAAAAAAGAAAAGAAACUUAGACUUUCA